UUGCCAUCCGACAUCACAAGAUGAUAUGAAAAAUGCCAUGUAUUUUUCACGAGGGGGUGGAGGGAAACGCAAAGGCAAAAGCAAAAAGUGGAAGGAAAUCUUGAAAUUCCCUCACAUUAGCCAGUGUGAAGAUCUCCGAAGAACAAUAGAGAGAGAUUACUGCAGCAUAUGUGAAAAGCAGCCGAUCGGAAGGCUUCUCUUUCGGCAGUUCUGUGAAACUCGACCUGAGCUCGAGUGCUGCAUUAGGUUCCUUGACUCGGUGGCAGAAUAUGAAAUUGCUCCAGAUGAAAAGCUGGGAGAGAAAGGAAAGGAAAUCAUGAUGAAAUACCUCACCCCAGAGUCUCCAGCCUGCGUUCCCGAAGUCAGUCAAGAUCUUAUCCAGCAGACAGAGGAGAAGCUCGAAAACAGCCCCUGCAAAGAGCUAUUCUCUCACUGCACAAAAUCUGUCCUUGACCACCUCAGUGGGGAACCAUUCCAAGAAUACCUAAACAGCAUGUACUUCGACAGGUUUCUCCAGUGGAAGUGGUUGGAAAGGCAACCAGUAACGAAAAACACGUUUCGGCAGUACAGGGUACUAGGGAAAGGUGGCUUUGGGGAGGUCUGCGCUUGCCAAGUCCGAGCGACAGGGAAGAUGUACGCCUGCAAGAGAUUAGAGAAGAAGAGAAUAAAAAAGAGGAAAGGCGAAUCCAUGGCACUAAAUGAAAAGCAGAUUUUAGAAAAAGUCAAUAGUCAGUUCGUAGUCAAUUUAGCCUAUGCCUAUGAAACAAAGGAUGCACUGUGUUUAGUUCUGACCAUAAUGAAUGGAGGCGACCUGAAGUUUCACAUCUACAACAUGGGAAACCCAGGCUUUGAGGAGGAAAGAGCUUUGUUUUAUGCAGCAGAGAUUCUUUGUGGCUUAGAAGACCUACACAGAGAAAAUACUGUGUACAGAGAUUUGAAGCCAGAAAAUAUCCUGCUAGAUGAUUAUGGCCAUAUUAGAAUAUCUGAUUUGGGUCUAGCUGUUAAAAUCCCUGAGGGUGAAUCAAUCCGUGGAAGAGUAGGAACAGUAGGAUAUAUGGCUCCAGAAGUGUUGAACAACCAGAGAUACACACUCAGCCCUGACUACUGGGGACUAGGCUGUCUCAUUUAUGAAAUGAUUGCUGGGCAAUCACCAUUUCGUGGGAGGAAAGAGAAGGUGAAGAGGGAAGAAGUGGACAGAAGAGUGCUGGAGACAGAAGAGGUGUACUCCCAUAAGUUUUCUGAGGAGGCCAAGUCCAUCUGUAAAAUGCUCCUCACCAAAGACGUGAAGCAGCGGCUAGGAUGUCAAGGGGAAGGUGCCACAGAAGUGAAGAGGCACCCCUUUUUCAAGAGCAUGAAUUUCAAGCGGUUAGAAGCAGGAAUGCUGGAUCCUCCCUUUGUCCCUGAUCCCAGAGCAGUAUACUGCAAGGAUGUGUUAGACAUUGAGCAGUUCUCCACAGUGAAAGGAGUUAACCUGGACCAAACAGAUGAUGAUUUCUAUUCCAAGUUUUCCACAGGAUCAGUGUCUAUUCCAUGGCAAAAUGAGAUGAUAGAAACAGAGUGUUUCAAAGAACUGAAUGUAUUUGGACCAAAUGGUACUAUUUCACCAGACCUAAACAAAAGCUAUCCCCCAGAGCCACCCAAGAAGGGAUUGCUACAGAGAAUAUUUAAACGACAGCAUCAGAACAAUUCAAAGAGUUCUCCAAAUUCAAAGGCCAGUUUAAAUCACCACAUAAAUUCAAAUCACGUAAGUUCAAACUCCACUGGAAGCAGCUAGUUCCAACUCAGUUUUAUGAAACAACAUGUUGCAUCCUUCCACUAUAAUCUAUGGAGCUUCUAUGGAUGAGAGAGCCUCCACCGUUGAGUGAAAAAAAAAGGAUCUCCCAAAAAUGGAGAUUGUCUAUCCAUUCCUUCCAGUGGAGCCUCACAUUUUAAGAAGAAUUUUCCACUCAGGUCUGUUUUUGGAGGUGGCACUCAAGACUGUGUGAAUCAAAUUUGUCUAUUUAGAACAUUGCAAUAGAAAUUCAAUGAACAUGACUACUUGCACGUAUUUAAAUAGCAUCAUACUAGAACUGAAUUUUGUCUUUAUUAUUUUUAAAGAAAAGUUUUGUAAAUUUCUCUAUUGUCUCAGUUUACAUUUUGUACAUUUGUAUUGAAAUGAAAGUCAGACUUUGGAGGUGUAUAUUUUCCAAGCAGCAGCUGUAAAGCCAUGUGUUUUAAGACAUUUUUUUAAAAGAAAAAAAAAAUGUGACUCAAGACUUCCAGAGCCUCAAACGAGAAAUCAUUCUUUUUAGUAAUUCUAGAAAAUUAUUCAUAAAUCACUUUAUCAGACUGGGUUUUACUGACAUGCAUUUUUAUGGAACAGUUUAUUCUUAAUUAUUUUACAUCUGUAUAUUUGGUUUACAGCAACACUGCAUACAUUUCUCCUCUUCAUUAGUUUGUAAUGUCUCACAUUAAAUGCUAAAAGACAAGAUUUUGAUGCAUUCAAGAAUGCUACUUGCUAUGCCUAAGAUUUGUGAUGUCAUGGGACCAGCACAGCUGAGAUUUGCACUUACUUACAUUGUUAGCUCAUCAAAACCUUUUUAGUUAGAAAGGGAACCCUAUUUUAAGCCCUUCUCCUUCACUAGUUUUUGUGCUGUUUCUAAUGACAGCAAGAACAAAGCUGAGGGAUAGGUGACCAGGAAAGCAAACGACCAUUUGUUUUUCAAGGACUUGAAACCUGCACCUGCUGAAAUGAGAACAAAACUCAAAGUGUUCUCUAUGCUGCAGUCCAAAGUCCUAGACCUUUCCACAGUUGCCUAUAUCAAACAGGUAGCAAGAGAGAAAAUCGCUAGGCUGGUUUGCGCUGACCAUGAGAUUCAUGACAGCUUUCUGGAGCUGAGCUGUGGAGGUUCAGAGUGGGAUCUGAGCUGCUUUUGAGCAGUAGCAGACCCUAUAGGUUGUGUCUGCACUUAGAGUACUUCCAUGUGUCAUGCCAAACACACCAUGACUCGUCCCCUCAAUUAGAUCCUCCACUUAAUUGAAUAAACUGUCAGUUAUGAAAUAAGACCUCCCACUUUUGGUUCCAUCAUUCUUUGUCCAGGAUCCUUUAACCAUUGAUGAAACAUUGUUCCCACCAGUAUAAACAGGGUCAGUCGGGAUCAGUAGCAGUACCUCAGGCAUCUGAAUCAUGCUCUUCUCAAGUAUGCCACUAUCUAUUAAGAACACCAGGUCAAAAAUGUGGUUUCUUCCCUUCAACAGGAACUGGAAAACCUUUGUCCUCCCAGGUGCAGACAGGAUCUCUGUAGCCCAGCAUGUUCUCUAAAACAUGUUCGUUCACCAUGCUCUUGACAAUGUUGGCUAGAGUAUACUGAUGAUUUUACACCUUUAGGUCAUCAGGAACAUCUGAAGGUCAGCCUGGUGUGUCUAAAACCUUGUAAGCUAGCAGCUCAGUUAUCCCAGGGUACAAGGAAGCACUGUUCCAGUAGAAGUCUUAAUAGCCAAAAUUCAUUAGACUAUCAUGUAUAUGUUCUAUCUGGCCAAUGCAGAGAGGAAAAAAGAUGCAGGUUAGUAGUGGCAAAUCUCUGAGUGAGAAAGACACAGGAAUUGCAUACCAAACUGGCUUGAGGUCAUGAGAGAGAGACACACAACAGGGACAGGAUUUUUAUAAAGCAGCUGACAGAGAAAAGUCAAGAAAGGGAGGUGAGGCUUUGGUGCCUUUAUCAGGAGCAAAGUAGAUUAAGAUGCAAGUGCACAUUGUUUGAAAAGCCUCCAGUUUUCCUGGUCAUUAGUAGACACGUAGUGAAGGUGUGUACGCGUGCCAUAAUAUCACCAAGAAGUUGUUGCUCUUUUUCCUUUGGAUCAGCGUGGUCCAGAAAUUCCUUUUCCCUGUAUUGGUGGCGCUCAGGGAGAGCUUCAGCCACUCUCCCAUGUCAGAUGAUGGCGUUGCAGAUCUUAUAGAAGAUGCAAGAUUUUAGAGAGAUAGUAAUAGAUGAGAAUUUUGAGUCAUUUUCUCUCUCUGUAUCAGCUAUAAACUAAACCUAUAAUGGUUUCAGCUUCCUGACAGGAGGGGAAUGAAAUAUUGUAGAGGUGAAAGCCACUAGACAGAUAGGGCUAUUACUUCCACUUCUGUUCUCAUGGCCUGAUGUAAAGCUACCUAAGUCAACAGGAAUCUGAUCAGAGCACGCUCUGGAUGAAGACAUACUUGCUCUGGGAGGUUUUCACAGGCCUUCUUCAAUGACAUAUGGGAUUUCACCUGAUUUCAAGAAAUGUAGGUGAGAAGUGGAGAAAGAGAUCUUAGCCAGACAACGGAUGUAUAUCAGUGUAGCUGAGACAAGACAAGACACACCUCUUAGUUCUUCUUAGAGAGCUGCAAGUGUUGUGCAACUCCAAUCUGUUUCUAUCACUCUGAGACAUCGCCUUCUAACAGUAUGGUAUACAAUAUGUUUGUGCACCCUCAGUUGAUUUCAUCCUCUACGCUGAUGCUAGGGGAAGAGGGUGCUGGAUGGGGGAAGCAGAGUGAAAGACUAAGCUUUUUUUUCCACCACUGCUGUUGUAUCACUCUGCAGCAACAGACAAGCUUAUUCCUCCAUCAGAAAAACAUGGCUGAUAAUAUCUACCUACCACCAUGAGGAAGGAAAAAAGACAGUUGGGGGAGGGCUUAGCCCAUUAAUAUUUCAUUGGAUAAAUCUGAUAAAACUGCAGCUGUUGGCCCAAGGGCUUCAUCUCCUCCAUGUUACCCAUUUGCCACAUGAAGACUAAAUAUUCUUUCUUUACCAUCUCCCACUUGGGAAAUAAAAUCCUAAUAACAACAAACCCCUUACUGAAAGCUGGUGAACAAACUGCAAAUAUAGAUUGUAGAUGCCCUUGUACCUCUUAGAUGCUAUCAGCCUUAACUAGUGGUGGAUGACUUUUUAUAACAACAGCGAAUGAUAGCGUCUGUGCCUUCUCCUGCUCUCCUUUCAGCUGGGACAGUUCCUUACUCGGCUUAUGUGCACCUGAAGUGUCAAGCCUGGGAUGAAGUCCCUCUGGAUCCCAGCCCCUGGGGAGCAGUGAGGGAGUAAGGGGAGAGACAGAAAACAAGACCGGUUGAGGGAGAUUUCGUGCCACAUCCCUAAAGUGUUGCUAUCCUGUCUGACAAACUUCAAACAGUAUUGAAAUGCUGGGGCAGCAGAACUGUUGUAUUCUUUCAGUAUCCAAGCCCUGAAAGAUUUAAUCAAUAUCAUACAUCACUAGUGAUAAUGAACAGUCCUAGGAAUCUUCUAGUCAGGGUUUGCCUACAACUUUGCCUACAAAGUAUUUUGAUUCCAAGUGAAUAGUUUUUGAGGUGGAUUUGCACAUA